GCUGGUUACAAAGACAUGGGCAUGAGUAAGUUUACGUGGAAACAUGAGAACAUCGCCGUUUCCCACCAUAUGCGAAUCCGCUAUGGGUAACCCCGAAAUCCAACCCAACAACAACUCUGUGUCCACUGGCAACCAGAAGACCCGUGUGGUUUGUGAACGACAUUAUCUGUUUGCUGAAACAAAAUGUGAAAGAGAAUUGAAGUAUGAGAAGUAGAAUGUCUUGGUUGCAAGGGGAAGACUCGGAAGCUUGUACUAUUUCCCAAGUUUUGAUACUGUUGAGUUGCAUCAUUGCGAUGCAGACCCCUUGCAAACACGGUAAUAGAAUCGAAUGAUGAUGGUGAUGAUGCUGCUUUGGUGACGUUCGACGCAAAAAUGGGGUCUCGACAACGUGUGAGAGCUUAACACGUCUUAUUUUACCAGCUAGAAAAAGAGAUAGAGUUCCAAGCUCGUUCAAUGCCAGGUCACAAAGCUUGCUACCUCAGUAGGUUCAGCACUUAUUGUGGAAAGGUUUUGUUUAGCAUCAGCUGCUGAAUUUGAGAGAACAUUUCAUCUGCGGCUAACUUCCUAACCUCUUCACAUUCGUUGAAGGGAGUGACGACCAUCUAUCCAAAUCACAGCACAAAGCGUCAACCAUCUAUUAAAAUUCAGACAAAGUCCAAAUGUUCUUCGGCAUAAUUAAAGAUCGACUUGUAGGCAGCUCGUCUCGUGUGAAGGAACAGGUAGAAUUGGCAAGAUAAACAAAUCCCUAAUGUCCAACCGCAUUGCCUUCCUAGAAUCCACGUGACAUCUUGAUUCCCUUGGAGAACUUCCCAAGGGUAAGUAAAUGAAACCUUCAAACUUUUGUGCAUUAGUAAAAUGGAAUAGCUGGGUUGCGCUUCUAUUGAACAGACGAUUGAAGAUCUCUCUCAAAACUCGGGCACGCGGAAAAUAGUGCUCUCCUAUCUUGGACCAGAGGAUAAAAACAUUGUGAGCUAUCUCUUGGAAAGUUCACAGUUGAAGACUGAAAUUGCGCUGAGAAAUAUACAUGAUUCCACGCCGCUGUGGAUGACGGACCUUCGGCCAAGCUUUGUUGCUUUUGUGGAAAACCAUCAGCUCAAAGCUGCGGCUGCUGCUCCUCGGACUCAUGUCUUCCUGCAAUCUGAUUUGCAGCAGUUUUUAGCCUAUGUCCGUACCGGGAAUAUGCCAAUUUUUUCAUUGGUGAAUCGCCUUGAUUCAACGGCUGCCGAGCUUCGGAGACAUGUCGAGAACCACCUUCUUCCCGAAAUCCGUCGCCUACACAAUGAAAAGAUUGUGAGCGAGCUCUGCAGGGUGUGUACACGACUUCCCUCACGCGAGCGAUUUGACCUUUUGAGGGACGAUGAACGAGACACGGAUGAGUUUCAAAUGAUAGACAACCCUUGCUCGGCUCAUAGCGAGCGGAUCAAAGCACUUGAAUGCGAAAACCAGGAGUUGACUGCGAAAUUGCAUAGUUACAAAACUGUCGUUGGACGCCUAGAAGCAAAAAAAUAUGCCAUCUCUCAACAAUUGCACUACUUGGAAGACGGGUUGCAACAAGCCAUCGAAACUAUUCGAGUCUGUGCUGAUAGGGACGCAACAAUACACCAGCAAUUAGUGGAAGAACUCCAGUGGAAGGAAUCAGCUUUAGCGACUCUGGAAUGUCAACUCAGCGUGACCAGCGCCUCAAAAGGUUUUUACGAACUCGACUCAAAAUGGAAUCCUACUCAGCUCAUCCAAAAUUUUGAGGAAUUGUUUACCGAGGUGCAUAGUUGGAUUGCUCCAUUGGUCACCAAUCCAAAGGCAAAAAAGUGCGAUAAGCAGCAGAUUCGAGCGCUGGAGGGUCUCCGAAAUACAUUUGUCGCCCAUGGGGUUGCGCGAAAGGUUACGGACAAGAACGAAGCGGUCUGCGUCGUGGAAGCCGCAGUAUCCGAGAUUCUAAUGCGUGUUCUUACUGCGUUCAAUGAGUUGUCGGAGGAUUUAAGCUACCUUCGCCAGAUUGGUCCGUCUACUGAGCAGGAACAGCAAAGCCGCAAAGAUGCCGAUGAGGCAUUUCUCCGAUCCUAUUGGAAGCGAAUGAGUGAUGCUUACGAUGCUAAAAUAUUGCCUGAUAAUUGGAAAAAAGAUGUGGAUUCCUUGGUUGAUCAAACAACUCAGAAGUUGGAUUGUCUCCUAAUGGCGCACAUUCUCAACCGAGACAAUGAAACACAGCGUGAAGAGAUCGUUCAGCGGUGUAUGCACCUAAGGCUUCAAUGUGGUGCUUUAGGUGUUACGCCGUUCCUACCACCGCCCAGAAACCCGAACUGCAAUACAUACGUACAGUUUCUUGAACAAUAUGUUGACAAGGUUCCACGAGGAAUGUUGCCACUCACUCCAUCUCAACUUGACCCCGAAAUUAUGGAGAUAAAAAGUGCUCGAAAGAAGACAAAUGUGCAGUUUGACUUCGCCUACUUUCCCGGUUUGAGGAAUGAGAAAACUGUGUUGGUAAAAUGCCGGGCAUGGUGCUCGUAAUUUUUAGGUGAAUCGCAGUGCUGAGCUGCUUUACUAUAGCAAAUUCGAAUAGCAUAUCUGUAUCCGUGCGUGCUUGCUUGUAACGCUUGUAAACUUUUAAGUGAACAGCAGUGAUGCUUUGCAUGAUUAUAGCGUAUUGAAAUAGCAUAUCUAUGUCUACUCAGUUUCAACGCUUGUGGACAUUUCAG